CGUGCCAAUCGCCGAGGGUUUCCGCUUACGUGCGUAUCACUCAUCCACUCGUCAUUACACAGUACCGAGUCAUCCAUCCCUAUCACUGGACCGGAUUCUAAUGACCAGCAGAGGCAUUCACGCCUUGAUACUGCGUGCUUAUGUAGGGUUUGUCUCCAGUCCUCGGCGGAUUUCUACGGUUCAAGUUUGAGAGUUGGCAGUUUACCAGAACGUGGCGCUCCUGAAGUUUGCUGAAGCCUGGAAUCAUGAUGAGAAGGUAGGGUCUGAGUCCCCGGCAAGGUGAGACUGUACAGUCCGGUGGAACAGCCUUGAGUCUUUUCCGCGCGCCGCCACAUGAUGGGCACGAUAGCGGACUCGGGAGAGGGUACGGACCAGGUGAACGGGUAUGGGGGAGGGAAGGAGCCGGGAGGUGAGCACGGCGCCCCGCUGACACAGGAACAGGUCCUCGGCAUCAAGGAGACCUGGGCAGUCCUGGCGCAGGACCCGGUCGAGAGGGGGGCAGACCUCUUCAUGAAGAUAUUUGAGGAGGACCCGGAACUGAAGAAACUCUUCUACUUCGCGGACGAGGGCCGGGAGUUGAGCCGGGACGACCAGCGGAUGCGGUCUCACGGCGAGCGGGUGAUGGAGGCGGUGGGCGCCGCGGUGGACAGCCUGGAGGACCUGGCUGCCGUCGUGCCCGUGCUGACCGAGCUCGGGGCGCUGCACCACAAGUACGGCGUGCAGCCCAGCUACUUCGACACUGUAGGAGCGGCUUUGAUAUACACACUGGAGACCAACCUGGGCGACAAGCUGACUCCCCACAUCAGACAGGGCUGGGUGCUGGUGUACGGCAUUGUGGGAGCCACCAUGAAGAAAGGAAUGCAGCGGGCCAUGGACCAACAGAACCUGGACAAAACCUGCCCGUAAAAUAUCAUUUUGUCGAUCUUCCGUACAGAAUGUGCCCAAUUAUGGUGAGAUAUUUUGUAAAGUAGUAUGUAUAGUCGUCUUGUUUAAUGCAAAGCUGGAGAAAACAUCUGAUCGUUUGAUGUUGCGCGACACCAUCUUCUCGUUCCCAGGAUGAUCAUAUUUGGCGGGAAAACUUCAGCAUAUCAGGCGUUUUGUGUCACAGUCCGUUGAAAGAGAGCUGUAUACAAUGUAGAUUGUUCGCUUUUUAUAUAUGAUUAUUCUUGUCAAGAAACACUUCUGAGAAUUCAGUAUGAACGCCUGACAACAUAAAUGUGACAUUAUGUGUAGUAUUAACAAUACUUUGUGUUAUUGUUAUUGUAGGUAAAAAUGUUUAUGUAAAACAGUCAAAUAGCUCCUGUGACAAACCGUGCAGAAUAGAUUAAGUCAAACCUAACAACAAUUAUACAGAAUAGACAAUUUCAUGGUAGGCAUAUUGUUCUCACUGUCUAAUUAUAAUGUACAUUUUGUCACUCGCAAUUACCCUUUAAAGAUUUAUGUGUUCAAAAAAAUCUAUGAAACAUUUAAAGAAACAGCUUGUUCAUCAACUAUAAAAUGUAGUUGUAUUCUAAAAAAAUACCUGCCAUUCGUAAAUAUAAAAUUUAACUUUAUAUGUUAAGAAAACAAUGUAUUUGUGCCCGAUAUUGCGAAAUUAUAUAAAGUGGUUCUGUAUUCCUGGGCAAAAAAUUCCUGUUUUGUACAUCUGACCUAUAAGAGGGACAUUGACAAAUGUAAUGGAUACUACGUACAUGUAGCAUGUAUCAAACCCGUGGUCCAGCUUGUAACAAUUUUUAAAUAUGUAACAU